AUGCCCCGCCAACAGAUCAAUUUAGAACCCUACCGGGAGGAGAUCAUUACUCUCUACCACCAUGGUGUUAGUAGCGACUCUAUCGGCCGCACACUCGAAAGUCGACAUAACAUCCAGGUCAAGGAGCGAACCAUCCAGUCUCGGCUUCGCCAGUGGGGCAUCCGCAAACGACACCGGACGACGACUGGAGAUGAGGCGUUACACGCGCGGAUUAGGAUGCUUUUCUUACAGGAUAGGCUGACCGACAAGGCGAUGCUCAACAUGCUGCAGCAAGAAGGUUACGGUAUCUCUGAACGCACUUUGCGUCGUCUGCGGUUUAAAUUAGGACUCCAUGCCAGGGCUUCUGAACAAGCACAACACCGAGAACAGAUGCAAAUGAUCAUACCGCGGUCUUUGAUAGAGGGCCAACCUGUGUGA